GGAUUUCUCAGGACUCCUGAAGACUCCCGUGGGACUUUGAGGAUUCUGAGGACUUUCGUUGGACUCCCGCAGGACUCGAAAGCUCCACAGAAGUCCCACGGGAGUCUUCAGGAGUCCUGAGAAAUCCCUUGAAAGUCCCCACCUGACUCUUACAGGAUCCUGCAGGAUCCCGUGACAGGAGUCCCGUGGGAGUUUUGCCUGGAGUCUCGACUAGGGUAGCUAAUAGGUAUAAAAACUUGUCAGCGUUGCUUCUGUGAAGCAAAAAUGUGAAAACUUCCAAGUGAACUUCGUGCACCUAAUCAGAAUAUAUAUAAUUGUAAACGCAUUUUUAAGAUGCUAUUAACGCAAAAAUUUAAGAUGUAAACAAAAUCGGAUUUUAAACUGCCUCAACUCGUACCUAAACUUUAUACUUCAAACUUCCAUUUCCUUCGAAAAUCGACAUGUCCUUGGAAGUUUUCACAAUAAAGAUACGAACGGCGUCAUCUGUUGGAAGAUUUGGUAGAUUAAGAUACUUUCGGUGUUACCGAUUGUGCAAUUGGGCGACAUCUACAUAAGUAGAAAUCAAUUAAAAUUUGACCAACGUCAGAGUUAGAGAAGUUAAAAAGGUAUCUUUUUCGAUUUUGCUAUUGGACUGCAUACUAGAGAAAAUUUUCCAUAGAAUUCUAUUCGUUAUUUUACAUGAAAACAGUUGGGAUUUCCGACAUGGUGUCUAUAUAUGAAAAAAAAGAUUGCUCUUUCAACAGAACCAUCAAAGAAAUUAGCUGUGUUUAUCUUUUAUAUUAAAUCUUAAAAAAAAAUAGAUCAUGGAUGAAUUUUAUAAAGUCGACGUUGGUGUUGCACAAUUUACAAUUCCCGCUCGAUAUCAGGACUUACGACCUGUUGGAACCGGUGCUUGUAGGUAUCUUUUGUAAAAUUUCUCUCUAAGAAGAGAAGACUUGAAGUUUCUGCUCCGAAAUAUAGGUCUUGAUUGUCUUCUUCCUUGAUUUAAUCAUCCUCUUCUGAGCGCACGGGUAAUACGACAUACGGACAUCACAUGACUGAAAAAUGAGAAAAGUCAAACUCUUUAAUUCGUCUAUGUUUGCGUUUAUUAACGUUUCAACUGUAACUGAUACGUCCAGUGUGCAGAAAUUUCACGUUUUGACUACAGGAUCGCUGAAAAGGUUUGUUUAGCUAAAUGUAAGUAGUUUCUAUCUUGCCAUCAUUAUUAUCACUCACCCAACAUUUGAAUUAAUUAAUUCAUACUCUAUUGUAAUAUCUUAGAUGGGAGCGUUGCACAUGCGAGAGAUGUUUUACUCGAUCGGGAAGUUGCAAUUAAGAAAAUGUUGAAACCAUUUCAAAGUGACAUACAUGCAAAAAGAACUUAUCGUGAAUUAAAACUCUUGAUACAUUUAAACAACGAAGAUGCACAAGUGAUUAUUUUAUUAUAAACUUUAAUGAAUGUACACAUGUUUCUUUUUGUUUUAUAAAAUAGGUUGUACAGUUACUCGAUGUAUUCACACCUGAUCGAGAUGAAGAAACAUUUAAUAGUCUGUAAGUGGAUUUUUUCUUUUUUCUUGUGCUUGAAAAAAAGUUCGUUGUUUUUCUUUACAGUUAUUUUGUAUUAAAUUAUGUUCCAUUUGACUUGAGUCGUGUGAUUAAACGAAAUAUUACAUUUGCUGAAGAUCAUAUACGAAUACUUAUUUAUGCAAUGUUGAGGGGCUUAAAAUUUAUCCAUUCAGCAGGUGUUAUCCACAGAGAUUUGAAACCAAGUAAUAUUGGAAUUGAUAGCGAUUCAAAUCUAUGGAUUCUCGAUUUUGGAUUAGCACGCGUUGCACAACCUACUCCUGGAAUUCUCACUGGAUAUGUAGCAACAAGAUGGUGGAGAGCACCAGAAAUAAUGUAUAAUUGGGAGAAAUAUGAUCCUAAGGCGGAUUUAUGGUCAGUUGGAUGUAUUAUGGCCGAGUUAGUUUUGUUAAAACCAUUGUUUGCUGGAAAAGAUCACGUUGAACAAUUAGAUAAAAUCUUGUGUAUUGUCGGUACGCCAAGUGAACAUAAACUUGCUGAAAUAUGCGAACCUUAUGCACGUGAUUAUAUAAGAAAUAUGGGUAAGAGAACAAAACAAGAUUUUCAAAAACUAUUUGGAACAAAAAGAGGACCAAAUGGUGAAAUUACAGGUGGCUUAUCACCCGAAGGUAUUGCGUUUCUCGAACAUUUGUUAGAAUUUGAUCCAAGAGAUCGGCCAAGUGCCGAAGAAGCAUUGGCAAUAAUAUGGGAAACCGUGAAAUCAUUUGAAAUUCCAUCUUGGGUUACAAAUGGACAACAAGGAGACGACGAUGAAGAACAGUAG